AUGUCCACCGGAUCCAAAGAAUCGGCUUGUUAUACUCUUGUAUCUCUCACAAACGAGAGCAAAUUAUAUACUGAACAGAAGCUUCGCGAAGACCUCCAAAAUGAAAACGUGGCUAUCAAACGUGAGGCCCUUAAGGAGCUUAUUAGAAAUUCAGUCAACGGUGAGAAGUAUCGGGACUUGCUUAUGAUAGUCAUUCGCUUUGUCAUGCCUUCCAAUGAUCAUACUAUCAAGAAGCUCCUUCAUCUUUUUUGGGAAGUUGCUCCCAAGUAUUCUCCUGAAGGUAAACUCUUGAAUGAGAUGAUUCUUGUCUGCGAUGCCUAUCGUCGUGAUUUGCAGCAUCCUAAUGAGUACAUUCGAGGCUGCACUCUUCGGUUCCUCUGUAAAUUGAAGGAACCAGAAUUACUAGAACCCCUUAUGCCAUCUAUCCUCCAGUGUCUUGAACAUCGUCAUGCUUAUGUGCGACGAAAUGCUGUACUUGCUAUUUUUACUAUCUACAAAAAUUUUGAGAAUUUGAUUCCUGAUGCUCCAGAGCGUAUGUUGAACUAUUUAGAAGAAGAACAAGACCCAUCUUGCAAGCGAAAUGCCUUUCUAAUGCUUUUACACGUCAGCCAAGACACUGCUGUUCAGUACCUUUCACGUUGUAUUGAUGCUGUUGAUACCUUCAGCGAGACUAUGCAGCUAGUUGUGGUAGAACUCAUUCACAAAGUAUUCCAAUCUCAUCCUGCGGAGAAAGUCAAAUUCAUUCGAUGUGUUUUCUCUCUUCUUAACUCAACCAGUUCAUCAGUUAGGUAUGAAGCUGCUUCGACUCUCAUCACCCUUAGCGGUGCAGCUCCUGCUAUUCGGGCAUCUGCCAAUUGUUAUAUCGAUCUCAUUCUAAAAGAAUCUGAUAACAAUGCAAAGCUCGUUAUCCUCAAUAGCUUGGUGGGCCUGCGGGGAAAGUAUGAGAAGAUUCUUCAAGAAUUGGUCAUGGAUAUCGUUAGAAUAUUGAAUGCUUCUGACGUGGAGUUGAGGAACAAAGCACUUGAACUGAUUGUUGAUUUGGUGACUACAAGAACAGUUGAUGAUUUGAUUGCUUUCCUUCGAAAGGAGUUAAUGAAGGCAAUUACGGGAGGGUCUUCUGCUCAACCAGUUGCCGAAAGUGGAGGUGCUAAAUCUGGUGGAACUGAUGAGGAUAUCUACAGACAUUCUCUAAUUCGAGCUAUCCGCUCCAUUUGCAUGAAAUUCCCAGCUUCCUUAACGGCUAUUCUCCCUAGUCUCGGUGAUGUCUUAACCUACACAGAGUUACAAGACUCUGCAGCCGCAGUGGAAGUUUGCCGAUUUCUGCGAGAUGCCAUCUUUCGUCAUCCCCAUCACAAGGGUCUAAUUUUAGAAAAGGUUUUCCAAGUUCUUCCCUCCAUUGCUGGUGUUGAUGUCCUUCGACACAUCAUUUGGCUCUGCGGUGAAUUCUGCACUUGUAAGGCGGAAAUCACAGAAUGUAUGCAGGUUUUUCAUCAGUGUAUAGGCCCACUUCCAUUAGUUCAGCGAGAAAUGGCUAGAAUUAGGGCGGAAAAUGGUUCUGUGGGAGAGGAAACCCAGGUGGAAGAAGCUAAAGAAACGUCGACAGAAACAACAUUUAAAAGGGUCACAGCUGAUGGGGCCUAUGCGACACAAUCAGCUUUCACCAUUCGCACAGAGUCAAAUGCUGCUGAAAAUCUCAAACGGCCUGUAAUUCAAGCCGCUCUUUUCGCCAAUCACUUUAUAAUUGGAGCUGUUCUCUCCGCAUGCUUGGUUAAGCUCUUCUGUCGAUAUGCCGAUCUCGUGGGUUCAUCUGACCCUGCAGCUAAGAAUCGUUUUGGUGCCGAUUGUAUGCUCAUUAUUUCCAGUAUGAUUAAUCUAGCUCGCAGUGGUCUUGUUGCCAAACUCGCUAAUUCCAAUAUCACCGAUCGUAUGUGGACCUGCCUUGUAGCCAUUUCGGACGCUCGAAACGAUGUGACUACUGCGUUUACCAAAGCGGGACGUGAGGUCUUGAAGCAGAUGUUGAAUAUUCAAGACGCCGAGGCGAAAGCAGAGGCCAAGAAACGAUUAGCUGUUUGGGGAAGUGAUGUCGAGACAAAUAAGGCAGAGAUGAAUGCUGUAGAUGCUCCUAUUGAUUUUGGUCUUUUGGCAUCACCUGAUGGAGAUCGUAAUGAACAGGUGGAUCAAUUCACAUUUAACCUCAACCAAGCCAUCAAAGGAACGAUUAAGACUGGUGAUGCCUAUGCAACCUCCAAGCUCAAAAAGGUACAUCAGCUGACAGGUUUUUCCGAUCCGGUAUAUGCUGAGGCAUUUGUCAGUGUAAAUCAAUUUGACAUUUCCAUGGAUGUUCUAUUGGUCAAUCAAACCAAUGACACUCUCCAAAACCUCACCCUUGAACUCUCAACCCUGGGGGAUCACAAACUUCUCGAAAAACCUCGACCCAUCACCCUGGCCGCUCAGGACUUUGCCAAUGUCUGCGCUAAGAUCAAGGUUUCUUCAACUGAGAAUGGCAUAAUCUUCGGAAAUAUUGUUUAUGAUACACGAGGCUCGGCUGGUGAGUCGAAUUGGAUUGUUCUGUCGGACAUUCGAAUUGACAUCCUGGAGUACAUACAACCGGCAACCUGUUCGGAUCAAGAUUUCCGCACAAUGUGGUCUGACUUUGAUUGGGAGAAUAAGGUUACUGUCAGCACUCAAGUGACUGAUUUGCGAACCUACUUAAACAAUGUGACAAAAAUAACUAAUUUCAAGUGUCAAACUCCACCGGAAGCUCUGCGUGGCGAUUGCUCUUACCUUUGUGCUACUCUCUACGCUUGUUCCAUCUUCGGUGAACACGUACUGGGCAAUCUCUGUCUUGAAAAAUCCUCUGAUGAUGCUCCUGUCUCUGGCCACGUUCGUAUUCGCGCCAAGACUCAGGGCAUGGCUGUUACCAUGGGGGAUAAGAUAAGUACAUCUCAAAAGCAAUGGAAAGAUGAUAAACCAUCGAAGGAUGCUGAUUCAACGAAAAAAGGCUCUGAGACUGGUUCCUUAAUACCUGUUAUAUAG